AUGAAGUCACCAACCCAAUUUUUCUUUAUUCAAAAGCAUAUACUUCUAAAAUUGCUUAUAUUCAUACUCUUCAUUUGUUCAAACAAUAAAAGUAACAUAUGUUGUAAUCAUCAUUUUACUAACACUUCAAGUCUAUCAUUGAAACAACUAAAACUUGAAGGGUACCUUAGUUUUGAAAAACUAAAUCAUGCAGCUAAAGACUUUGGCAAUAGAUGUCAUUUCCUUCCAUUGGCAAUUUUGUAUCCAAAAUCUGUUCUUGAUAUAUCAUCCACCUUAAAACAUGUCUUCGAAAUCGGUACUAGAACAGACUUAACUGUUGCUGCUAGAGGCAAUGGACACUCUUUAGAAGGACAAGCUCAAGCUUAUCAAGGACUUGUUAUUAACAUGAAAUCACUUCAAGAACUAGAAAUGAAGUUCAAGAUUGAGGAAUUGUCUUAUGUUGAUGUUUCUGCUGGAGAGCUUUGGAUAAAUGUCCUGCAUGAAAGUCUUAAACUUGGGCUUGCACCUAAAUCUUGGACUGAUUAUCUUCACCUCACUGUUGGUGGAACUUUGUCUAAUGCUGGAAUCAGUGGACAAGCUUUUAAGCACGGACCGCAGAUCAAUAACGUCUACCAACUCGAGGUUGUCACUGGUAAAGGAGAGGUGAUUACUUGUUCAGAGGAGCAGAAUGCAGACUUGUUCCAUGGUGUACUAGGAGGAUUAGGGCAGUUUGGUAUUAUAACCAAGGCAAGAAUUGCUCUUGAAACAGCACCAAAGCAGGUCAAGUGGAUCAGAGUGUUGUAUUCAGAUUUUGCUACAUUUUCGAAUGAUCAAGAGAACUUGAUAUCAUCUCAGAAUACAUUUGACUAUAUCGAAGGAUUCGUCAUCAUAAACAGCACUGGAUUAUUGAAUAACUGGAGGUCUACUUUCAAUCCUAAAGAUCCACUUCUAGCUAGCAGUUUUAGUUCAGAAGGCAGAGUUUUAUUCUGUUUAGAAGUUGCCAAAUACUUCAAUCCAGAGGACACAUACAGUCCUGAUCAGGACAUUGAUAUACUCUUAUCAAAGUUGCAUUAUAUUCGAUCAACGUUGUUCCUAUCAGAAGUCUCCUACGUUGAGUUCCUCGAUAGAGUUCAUGUCUCCGAGAUGAAGCUACAAGAAAAGGGGUUGUGGGAUGUUCCUCAUCCAUGGCUAAAUCUUCUAAUACCAAAAAGCAGGAUUCUUGAAUUUGCACAAGAAGUUUUCGGGAAGAUUCUUACUGAUACAAGCAAUGGUCCUAUACUCAUCUACCCUGUCAACAAAUCAAAGUGGAGAAAAGGAACAUCAAUGGUUACACCUGAUGAAGAUGUUUUCUAUCUCAUCGCGUUCCUGUCAUCUGCUAUGCCUUUUUCAACAGGAAAGGAUGGAAUAGAACAUAUUAUGAAUCAGAACAAAAGGGUAUUAAGUUUUUGUGAAAAAACGCGUAUUGGAAUGAAACAAUAUUUACCAAAUCACAAGACUCAAGAAGAGUGGAAACAUCAUUUUGGUUCUCAAUGGGAAGCAUUUACUAGGAGGAAAUCUACAUAUGACCCUUUGGCAAUACUUGCUCCAGGACAGAGGAUUUUCAAAAGGAGAGCAGCCUGUGAACAACAAUGA